AUGCGACUCCCAUUAAAUUUCGCUUCCUGGGUGAAACCUAAUUCCACCUCUAUCAAGCCAAUGAUAAGACAACGACACUUAUCCACGACCCGGUCGUCGCCACAAGCCGCGAAAUACUAUUUGUUGUCGUACACGUACAAUCCAGAAAAUCUAGUGGAACGCCGCGCUCCGCAUCGUCCAGGGCACUUGGCAUUGGCGAAAGAGUUCACGACCGGAGGAAAGUUGAUUUUGGGGGGUGCAUUCGUCGACCCGAUCGACGGCGCAGCGCUCGUCUUUCGAGGAAGUGAGGAGGACGUUAAGGAAUUUAUUCGGAGGGACCCAUACGUUCAAAAGGGCAUCGCGACAGGUCAUAACGUCAGAGAGUGGAAUGUGUUGGUUGGAACGGGGUUGGAAAAUAAGUGA